AAUAAUAAUUAGAUGUAAAUAUUAUAAUAAUUUUUAAAAAUAUAAUGCAAAUGAAAAAUAGCAUAUUGAUAAAUGUUCAUAUCUCUAUUUUAUUUGAAGAAAAUACAGUUAAAUCUUGAUAUCUGCAUCUAUAUAGUGCUAUCUUUGUAAAGCACCACUAAAAACUGAAAGGAUCUUCCUUAUAAAUAUUAAAUAGAAAACCCUUAGUAUCUCUGAAUUACUAAAUACAGUGGGUGAUCGGUUAAGGAACAAAUCGAAUAACGAACACUUUUGUGAAAGAUUUUUAUGAUCGGACAACGAACUCUUCAUUGAACAAACAUAAAAAGAAGUGAUGGAAAAUAACGAAUACAUAUUGAUUUUCCCUUGUCUUCAGGUAACAAUUCAAAACCUUUCAGAGCAUGGGAGACGUCAACAUUGAUGCUCAGUCUGAUACUGAUCAGAUAGUGUUUCUCCAAACUUUGAAACUCUCCAUUGUAAUUCCAGCUUUUUGUUUACUUUUCUUACAAUUUUUUUAUAGUCUUUGCGAGACUGUUGGGCACUCCAUAAGUUUUGCAUUGAUUUUUAUUUUCUAAAGGUGAAAGUUUAAACUGUCCUAUCAGGUAUUCGUUAACAUUUUAACACCAAAAUUUCAAAUUACAUUCAGGCCUCACAUUUACAUAAUUCUUUCAUACGGUAGUUGAUUUCUGUUCUCUUAAUUUUUGAGAGUGCUUUUUUGAAGUUUUUAUUUCAAACAGAAAUUGAUAAUAUUAUGGAGCAUAAAAAGAGUGGAGUGUCAAGAAUCAUGCUCAUCAUAGAAACCAAGCAAAAGAUAGUAGCCAAAGUAGAGAGUGGGCUGAUGUUGCUAGGCAGUAUGGCUUGAACAUGACUACAAUAGGCACAAUCUUAGCUAAGAAGAUUAUAUCUUUCUUAGCUAAGAUUGUGAAAGAAGACUCAAAGAGCUAAAGGUGUAACGAAAAUCACAUCUGAGAAACAAAGAUGUUCCAUCCAUGAAAAAAUGGAGAGAUUGCUUUUAAUUUGGAUAAGAAAAAGGAAAAUGAAAAAAGAUGUAACUAGUAUGACUAUCAUUCAAGAGAAAGCUAAAGAAAUUUUUGAAGAACUGAAGAAACAAACUCCACAUUUGUCACAUGAGGAGAUAGAAUUCAAAGCUACUACUGGAUGGUUUUCAAAGUUUAGAAGGAGAAUUGGCAUUAAAUAUGUGGUAAUUCAUAGUGAGUCUGCUUGUACAGAUAAAGAAGAAGCUGAGAAGUUCUGUCGCAAAUUUGAAGAAUUCAUUAAAAAAGAAGGAUAUUGUCCACAACAAAUUUUCAAUUGUGAUGAAAUUGGUUUAUUUUGGAAGCGCAUGCCGAACCAUACCUACCUUAUGAAAGACGAGAAAAAUAUUCCUGGGCAUAAACCCAUAAAAGACCAAUUGACGUUACUUUUGGGAGCUAAUGCUAGCAGUGAUAUGAAGCUUAUCCCACUUCUUGUCUAUCACUCUGAGAAUCCUAGAGCAUUUAAAAAAUAUUCCAUAAUUAAAAAAAAAUUGCCAGUGAUGUGGAGAUUGAAUAAAAUGGCAUGGGUCAUGCAGGCUCUUUUCAAAGAAUAGCUGUUUGAAGUUUGUGCUCCAAGCAUCAAGGAUUACCUUCAGACCAAUGAAUUGCCAUUAAAAGCACUGUUACUAUUGGUCAAUGAACCAAGACACCCAAAAGACCCUGCAGAUAAUUUGCUGGAAGACUUUCCCUGUCUAACAGUUCAGUUUCUACCUCCAAAUACCACUUUGUUGAUUCAACCAAUGGAUCUAGAGAUUAUUGCAGUUUUCAAGAAAUUGUACAUUCAAGCACUGUUUCGUCAGUGUUUUGAAGCAUGCCAGUUCUCCUCAAUGAUGACAUUAAAAACAUUUUGGAAAGAAAAAUUUGAUGUUCUUGAAGCUAUAUGGCUCAUUCAAAAGGCAUGGUCAGAAGUCACUCAAUGACAGUUGAAUUCUGGUUGGCAAAAGCUGUAUUGCUCCUGCAUUCAGGGAGAGAGAGAUGAUGUCCCUGAAAUUAUGGAUGAAAUUGUGACAACUGCUAGAGAUCUGGAAUUGGAAGUGAAUAAAGAUGACAUUGAAGAGCUCAUAAUGGAAUCUGAAACUGAUCUGAUGACAGAAGAAUUCCAAGAAUGCUUAAAUGAAGAACACCAAGAAAUUCAGCGAGAUGUGUUUUCUUCUGAAAAGAGGAGGAUGAAAAAGGAUCAAUGCCAACAUCUGCUAUUAAAGAUCUUUUGAAGAAGUAGGAGGAUCUUAGAAUAGCAACCAAACCAAGUUGAGGUUAAUAGGCUUGGGGAUCUCUACAAUGACAAUGCUAUUAAUUACUUCCAAAAAAUUAUGAAGAGAGAAAAGCAAUCGACAUUGGACAGAUUCUUUAACCCCUACAAACAGU